CAUACCCAUAAGCGGGGGAGUGUGAGGUGCAUGAAAUGGAGAAAAAUGGCGGAUCAUGUGCAGGGCCUUGCCCAGCUGGAGAUCCUAUGUAAGCAGUUGUACGAGACUACCGACACUGCCGUCCGACACCAGGCAGAGAAAGCUCUGGUGGAGUUCACCAACAGCCCCGAUUGUCUCAGCAAAUGUCAGCUAUUGCUGGAGCGAGGCAGUUCGUCUUACUCUCAAUUGCUCGCAGCAACCUGUUUGUCAAAGCUGGUAUCUCGAACCAGCAACCCUCUACCACUUGAGCAACGCAUUGACAUUCGAAACUAUGUACUGAAUUACCUGGCGACACGGCCAAAACUAGCAGCAUUUGUGACCCAGGCCUUGAUUCAGCUCUACGCCAGAAUCACCAAACUGGGCUGGUUUGACUGUCAGAAAGAUGACUAUGUCUUCAGAAACGUCAUCGCUGAUGUGACCCGCUUUCUACAGGAUAGUGUUGAACACUGCAUCAUAGGGGUCACAAUCCUGUCUCAGCUGACGAAUGAGAUCAAUCAGGCCGACACAACGCAUCCUCUGACCAAACAUAGGAAGAUUGCAUCUUCAUUCAGAGAUUCCUCUCUCUUCGACAUUUUCACUCUUUCCUGCAACCUCCUUAAACAGGCUUCGGGGAAGAACCUAAACCUGAACGAUGAAUCUCAGCAUGGUCUGCUGAUGCAGCUGCUCAAACUCAGCUACAAUUGCCUCAACUAUGAUUUUAUAGGAACCUCCACAGAUGAGUCGUCAGACGACCUCUGCACCGUACAAAUCCCCACCUCAUGGAGAUCAGCAUUUCUUGAUUCCUCCACCCUGCAGCUCUUUUUCAAUUUAUAUCAUUCCAUCCCUCCGUCCCUUUCCCCAUUGGUGUUGUCAUGUCUAGUUCAGAUAGCCUCUGUCCGGAGGUCACUCUUCAAUAACGCAGAACGAGCAAAGUUUCUUUCACAUUUGGUUGAUGGAGUUAAAAGGAUACUAGCAAACCCACAGUGUUUGCCAGAUCCGAAUAACUACCAUGAGUUCUGUCGUUUGCUGGCAAGACUGAAGAGUAAUUACCAGCUGGGGGAGCUGGUCAAAGUAGAAAACUAUCCUGAAGUCAUUCGCCUCAUAGCCAACUUCACUGUCACCAGUCUGCAGCACUGGGAGUUCGCCCCCAACAGCGUCCACUACCUGCUGAGCUUGUGGCAGCGGCUGGCAGCAUCAGUCCCAUAUGUUAAAGCCACUGAGCCUCAUCUGCUGGAGACGUACACUCCAGAGGUCACCAAGGCUUAUAUCACAUCACGGCUGGAGUCGGUCCACGUCAUCCUCAGAGAUGGUUUAGAAGACCCUCUGGAUGACGCCGGGCUCGUUCAACAGCAGUUGGACCAGUUAUCCACCAUAGGGAGGUGUGAGUACGAGAAGACAUGUGCUCUGCUCGUCCAGCUCUUCGACCAGGCAGCUCAGACCUACCAAGAGCUGCUGCAGUCCACGAACUCCACCCCUGCAGACAUCACAGUGCAGGAGGGUCGAUUGACAUGGUUGGUGUAUAUAAUUGGGGCAGUAAUCGGUGGACGGGUCUCUUUUGCCAGUACAGAUGAGCAGGACGCCAUGGACGGAGAAUUAGUCUGCCGGGUUCUCCAGCUGAUGAAUCUGACCGACUCUCGACUUGCCCAGGCUGGCAACGAGAGGCUGGAGCUGGCCAUGCUCAGCUUCUUCGAACAGUUCAGAAAGAUUUACAUCGGAGACCAGGUGCAGAAAUCAUCAAAGCUUUAUCGUCGACUAUCAGAAGUCCUGGGGCUCAAUGACGAGACGAUGGUACUCAGCGUCUUUAUAGGGAAAAUCAUCACGAAUUUGAAGUACUGGGGCCAGUGUGAACCGAUUACCUCCAAGACUCUUCAGCUACUUAAUGACCUCUCUUUAGGAUAUAGCAGUGUGAGGAAGUUGGUGAAGCUCAGUGCUGUCCAGUUUAUGUUGAAUAACCACACUAGUGAGCACUUCUCCUUCCUGGGAGUGAACAACCAGUCUAAUCUCAGUGACAUGCGAUGUCGGACCACCUUCUACACUGCACUGGGGCGCCUUCUAAUGGUUGACUUAGGCGAAGACGAGGACCAGUUUGAACAGUUCAUGCUGCCUCUAACAGCUGCAUUUGAAGCUGUGGCUCAGAUGCUGAGUACAAACACUUUCAACGAGCAGGAAGCCAAGAGGACGUUGGUGGGUUUGGUCAGAGACCUGCGAGGAAUCGCUUUUGCGUUCAACGCUAAAACCAGUUUCAUGAUGCUCUUUGACUGGAUAUAUCCAUCCUACAUGCCCAUUUUACAGCGAGCCAUAGAGCUUUGGUAUCACGACCCAGCAUGCACUACACCUGUCCUCAAACUUAUGGCUGAGCUGGUUCACAACAGAUCUCAAAGGCUACAGUUUGAUGUGUCUUCACCCAAUGGCAUCCUGCUGUUCAGAGAAACCAGCAAGAUGAUCACCACCUAUGGGAACCGUAUCCUGACGUUAGGCGAAGUUCCAAAGGACCAGGUGUACGGUGUAAAACUGAAGGGGGUCAGCGUAUGUUUCGCCAUGCUCAAAGCGGUGCUAAGUGGCAACUACGUCAACUUCGGGGUCUUCCGUCUGUAUGGUGACGAUGCUCUGGAUAACGCCUUACAGACCUUCAUCAAAUUACUACUGUCCAUCCCUCACAGCGAUUUACUAGACUAUCCUAAGCUCAGCCAGUCGUUCUACUCUCUGCUUGAAGUGCUGACACAGGACCACAUGAAUUUCAUCGCUAGUCUGGAACCUCACGUGGUCAUGUACAUCCUGUCUUCAAUCUCAGAAGGGCUCACUGCACUCGAUACGAUGGUGUGCACAGGCUGCUGCUCCAGUCUGGACCACAUAGUAACCUACCUGUUCAAGCAGCUGUCUCGCUCCACCAAGAAGCGUCCAACUCCGAUGGCAACAGACGAUCGUUUCCUGCACAUCAUGCAGCAACACCCGGAGAUGAUUCAACAGAUGCUGUCCACAGUGUUGAACAUCAUCAUUUUUGAGGACUGUAGAAACCAGUGGUCGAUGUCACGGCCGCUGUUAGGUCUCAUCCUGCUAAACGAGAAGUAUUUUGCUGACCUGCGGAACAGCAUCGUCAACAGCCAGCCCCCAGAGAAGCAGCAAGCCAUGCACUUAUGUUUUGAGAACUUGAUGGAGGGAAUAGAGCGCAAUCUAUUAACAAAGAAUCGGGACAGGUUUACCCAGAACUUGUCCGUAUUCAGGAGGGAGGUCAACGACAGCAUGAAGAACUCGACAUAUGGGGUCAACAGCAACGACAUGAUGAGCUGACAUUCCACACAGCAGAGUCUUAUCCAGACACAACCAGAGUUCACCCCACCCCUCACCCUCCCCUCACCCCUCCACAGCCUCUCCGCUCCCUGUCAGCACCCCACCUCCCCCUUCUGCAUCAGCCUUUCUCCCCCCUUGGGCCAGGAUGCCUAGGGAUCACCUCUUUACCCCGACACGACUAAGUGCUGCGUGUGCAGUACCUUACGGGGUCCUUAACGGAAUUCAGUGAAUUUACCACCGUGCGUCACUUCUACGUUGCACCUGCCCAUUCCCUGUUUUCAGUCCCUCCCCACUCCUUUUUGAUAUAAGCAUAUAUAAAUAUAUACAGAUCUAUUUUAAAGCCAGUCCGCAUUGGUCUGAAAGGCCAGUCGACUGGCUGUCCGAAGAGUGGAGGGGUCAGGAUAUUGGUCGGAGGGAGGGAGGGGUCGCAUGUCCAGGCACUCUGAGGAGGAAGAGUGCUCUGAUGGAAUGAAGGGAUGUGGGGGGGAGAAUGCCGGUAAACGUAGUAAUCCGCUUCUGCCUGCCUUGUAUAGAAAAACACACAAAACCAAGUGUACAUUUCUUUUCGUAACAUUUUGAACAAUGUUUAUAAUGAUUGAAAUUUAAAACACAAGAUGAGUUGAAAAAAUUGUGUGAUUGAGCUUUUUACAGUGUAGUGAGUUAGUGCAACUGUCUGUCUGUGUGGGGAGCAAGCUUUCCACAGGAGGUGGAGGGUGGGUGGGUGGGUUGGGGAGUAAACUGAGCUGCAGGGUGGCCACAGGAGCACUUACGCGGCGGAGUUGUCAAAAUGAAAGGAAAAGAGGUACACACACUAAUAGAAAAAGGAGAGUCAGAGCAUCCACGUUGUACAUUUUUGUCAGUCUCUGGUUGAAGUGAUGUAAAUAGCCACUUCCCUUUGCGACGACAGGUUCCAGCUCUGCCCUUCUCCUCUAAGCAAACGCUACACACUAGACCCAUACCCUGUAAGGUCUUCUGUGCAUACACUUGCUUGUUCCCCUUAACAGUUUGCAACAAUUGACGUGUAAGCAACAUGGUAAUAGCUACAUUUUCCCCUCUGGUAGGCUGGGUGCAGUUUCAACCAUUUUGUUUACACUCUGGAUUCCUCGGACCAGGUUUUAGGACUGCCCCAUUAUGAGGACUAAGUCCUGCAGUGGAGUCCUUUUGGUGUGUGUGUGGGUGUGCGUGCGUGUGCAGAUUUGUGUUGUUGUCUGUGUGUGGAGUGAAGUGGCUCUCUGUUGCCUGGUGUGUAUGUGGCGUCCCAUGGUGCUGCGACUGCUCAAACCCAUGACAGAGCUGCGGCCUCAACAACCAAGGCCUGUGCCACCUUAGGAAAAAAAAAACUAGUUCCUGGUUGUGGAGGUGCCAGUGUUUAGACAUGUCAUCAGAGCUCCCUUGAAGGAAUCCAGUUUUGUUUUAAAUAUCUGAAGAAUAUUGCAUCAAUUCUUGGUAGAAGUCAGAACAGUGUAAAAAGAGAAACAGGAAUGGAGUAUAUUAGCAACUUGUGUUACUCUCUACGAUGUUGCUGCUAACUGUUUGUGACAACUAGCUCAUCUCUAACCAUGUCAGCACUCAUGGAUGUUUAUUGAGUUCUUAAUUUUUGGUUUGUGUCCCUGAUGUGAAUGUGUUGGGUCCAUAGAGUGAAUAGCUGUUUGAGUUGUUUGGAUGUCUGCUACAUAUAGUGUAAGCAUUGUGACUGCAAAUAAACCUCAUUGAUUUUUA